UUGAUUCAUAAAUUUUAAAUAAUUAACGUUAUAAAAUUAAGAAUAAAAGAAUACUUACGCCAAUUCCAAUAUCUAGUUUGCAUAAAACGUGAAACACUGUGAUUCUUUAUUGUGUUUAAUUCCAAUAUAAAACGUUUUGCAUUGUAAAAUCUCAAUCUUUGCAAUUUACUUAUAAUUAUAUAUUUUAUCAUAUUCAUAAUCUACCAGUGAAAGUAUAAAAAAGGGAGAGGGAGCUAUAGAGAGUGAAAAACAGGGAAUUGGGGAAGAGUAAAGGAGGUUUUCUAUCACUGAUUUGGGGUUAGUUGGGUAAAAGAAAAAGUGACGUAAUCUCUAAUUCAUCAUCUUGUAAUAUAUUUUUUAAAUGUAAUUUGCUUUGUAGAUGGGGUGUUGGUAGUUGCUUGCUUCAUAUUGAUCUGUUUUUAAUUUGGCACACCAACUGUUUGAUCAAAUGUUGCAUUGAGUUCUACUUAAAUUGUACCUCUAAUUCAACCUAAUGUAUACAGCAUGCAUGGGACUGGUUCUUCUAGCUUAUCCGUGAUCCUUUAGAAAUUGAAUAAACACUUGGAAACCACAAAUUUAUUGACUGUUUAUCAAGUACCGAAUGUUGUAGAUCAAAUUGAAUUCAAGCUUAUUCUCCAAUCUCUCUCUGCAGCAUUUCAACUCCUUGCUGGAGCUGAUAGCCAAGUUUGAAGAAGCUCCAUACGACAUUCAGUUUGAACGUUGAACAGCAUUGGUCAGAGGCUUGGAAAUACCACCAAAAUUUCCUGGGUUCUUGAGGCCUUCGAACUCCUUGAAGUUCCUGGAUUCUCUGUACUGUCUGUUUCUAUAGCUUUCAUAUCAAUUGGUAUCUUGGGGCACACUUCUUGAAGUCAUGGCAGAAUCAACCAGAUCACAAGCAGCUUUGCGUGAAAUGGAAGAAAGGUUGAAACUUGCAUUUUGGAGAAACUAGAAGCGAAGAUGGUGGAACUCGCGGGUGUGAUGCAAAAGACAUUACAAGAUUCAUUGAAAGGGACGUUAACUGAAUUGUUACACAAAAAUCAUCAUAAUUCUGGUGUGGGCAAUCAUCUUUCUAGUUUGGGUAAUCAUCUUCCUAGUUCAGGUAAUCAUCGUGCUCCUUAUGGUUGUGGUACAAGGUUGGCUAGAAUUGAUUUUCCUAAAUUCAAUGGUGAAAAUGUAAAUCAAUGGAUUUAUCAAUGUGAGAUGUAUUUUGCAAUUGACCUAACCCCUGAAGAAUUCAAAGUGCGAUUAGCUGUAGUGCAUUUUGAAGGCAAGGCAAUGCAAUGGCAUCAUGCCUUUGCAAAGUCCCAAAAGAAUGAUAAUUGGCCAAAUUGAACUAAAUACGUGAAGCUAUUAAGAAUUAGAUUUGGGAAUUUGUGUGAGGAUCCUAUGGUGGAAUUGAUGAAUUUGAGACAGUGUUCUACUGUUACUUCUUAUCAUGAAGAAUUUGAUGCCAUCAUUAAUCAGUUGGAAUUAUCUGAAGAAUAUGUACUUAGUUGUUUCUUGGGAGGGUUAAGACAUGAUAUCCAAAUGUUAGUGCGGAUGUUUCAACCAACUACGGUGAUGAAGGCUUUUACCUUGGCAAAGUUGUAUGAAUCUGCCAACCAAGGAGGAAAUUCAGUGAAAUCAAUUCUGUCUAAGAGCUCUACCAAACCCUUAAUUGCUGCAAAACCUGUCACUUUUUCAGAGAAUCAGGUGGAUUCAUCCAAAGGGAAGUUGAGGAGAAAUCUAACACCUGCAUAUAUGAAUGAGAGGAGGGAAAAGGGACUUUGUUAUUUCUGUGAUGAACCUUUUAUGUAUGAACAUAGCCUGACACACAAGAAACUUCAGCUACACAUGGUGGAGAUUGAUAAAGAGGAGGAUGAUGAGACAUUACAAUCUGAGACAAUGGUGAAAGAGACUGAUUUUGGGGAUCCACAUAUUUCUGUAAAUGCUUUGACUGGGGUGCAAGGGUUCGGAACAAUGAGAGUCACAGGAAGCUACAAAAAGAAACCCUUACACAUUUUGAUUGAUAGUGGUAGUACACAUAAUUUCUUAGAUGUUGAUAUAGCUAAGAAAUUAGGGUGUAGGAUUCAAGCUAUGAAGCCUUUACAAGUAAUUGUUGCAUAUGGUAAUAAAAUGAAGAUUGAAGCAAUUGUGAAAGAAUUUAGCUGGUUUUUACAACAUAAUAAAUUCCAAGCUGAUAUGAUGUUAAUUCCUUUGGGUUGCUGUGAUAUGGUGCUUAGAAUUGAAUGGUUGGUGACAUUAGGAGACAUUGUUUGGAACUUUGACAAAUUAAAGAUGGAAUUUGUAGUAGAUGGUAAGUGACAUGUGUUAAGGGGAUCUUUUCAGCAUGGCAUCAAAAUUAUUAAGAACCAAUUGAUGGAAAAAACUCUCAUGAAUGGAGUACAUCUGUCUAUGAUACAAGUUUAUCAGGAUGAAGGACCUUUUCUGCAGAGUUUAACUACUCAUGCUCAACAGACAACCACUCCUAUAGCAAUUUCUGCCUUAUUAGCUAAGUUUGAGGAUGUAUUCGAGGAGCCUACUCAGUUACCUCCUAUGGGGGAAGGAUUUAAUCACAAAAUUCCAUUGUUACAGGGUGUAAAUCCAGUCAAUAAGAGACCUUAUAGAUAUGUUGGCAAUCAAAAAGACAUUAUUGACAAACUGGUACAAGACAUGCUAAAUUAUGGUUUUAUUCAGAGUAGCUGCAGCCCUUAUGCAAGUCCUGUUGUGUUGGUUGGAAAAAAAGAUGGGUCAUGGCGGCUUUGUGUGGAUUAUAGAGAGUUGAAUAAAGGAACGGUGAAGGACAGAUUUCCUAUUCCCUUGGUAGAGGAUCUCAUGGAUGAAUUAAAUGGUGCUAUGUUCUUCUCUAAAAUUGAUCUAAGGUCAAGCUAUCAUCAAGUCAGAAUGGAUCCAGCAGAUGUUCAUAAAACUGUAUUGAAGACUCAUAGUGGCCAUUAUGAGUAUGUAGUUAUGCCAUUUGGACUUACAAAUGCACCAGCAACCUUCCAAAGCCUAAUGAAUGCAAUUUUCAAUAAGUUUCUUAGAAAAUUCCUAAUGGUUUUUUUUUUUAUGAUAUCUUGGUUUAUAGCACCAAUGAAGUUGAGCAUUUACAGCAUUUAGAGAAAGUGUUGUCCGUUAUGAGGGAGAAUAAAUUGUUGGCCAAGAAAUCAAAAUGCUAUUUCGGGGUGGACAAGGUGGAAUACUUGGGCCAUUUUUUGUCUAGGGAAGGAGUUUCAACUGACCUGGUAAAAAUACAAGCAGUUAGGGAUUGGCCAUUACCUCAAAAUGUGAAACAGUUGAGAGGUUUUCUGGGGUUAACUGGGUAUUAUAGAAGAUUUGUGAGAUGGUAUGGGACUAUAGCAAGACCCCUCACUGACAUGCUAAAGAAGGAUAAUUUUGUUUGGACUAACAAGACAAAAGAGUCUUUUCAACAGUUAAAGACAGGAUUGAUGACUGCACUUGUUUUAGCUCUCCCAGAUUUCAACAAAACAUUCAUGGUUGAGGUGGAUGCUUCAGGGUAUGGCAUUGGUGCUGUGUUAAUGCAAGACCAUCAUCCUUUAGCCUUUAUCAGCAGGAUCCUAAGUAAACAACAACAGUCUUUAUCGACCUAUGAGAAAGAAUUGAUGGCAUUGGUAUUUGUUGUACAAAAAUGGAGGCAUUACUUGCUCAAUAGACAUUUUGUGAUAAAAACUGAUCAUAGAAGCCUCAAAUAUAUAUUAGAUCAAAGAUUAUCCACGGCAUUCCAACAAAAAUGGCUAGUUAAACUCAUGGAGUUCGAUUUCUCUAUAGAAUUCAGAAAAGGAAAGGAGAAUGUAGUUGCUGAUGCAUUAUCGAGAAUAGAACAUAUUGAUUGCCAAGCACUAACUGUCACAAGCUUACAAUCUGAUUUGUUAGCUAGAAUUUUACAAUCUUAUCAAUCAGAUCCUGAUGUACAGAAAUUGAUUUCUCAAUUACAAGUUGAUGCCAAUAGUCACAAACAUCAUUCAUGGAAUGGUUCCGAGUUGAGAAGGAAAGGAAGGUUGGUAGUUGGAAGGGAUAUUUAAUUAAGACAAGAUCUAUUAUAGUGGAUGCAUUCUACUGCAACGGGUGGGCAUUCAGGCAGACAUGCGACUCUACAAAGGAUCAAAGCUGUAGUUUUUUGGAAGGGAAUGACAAAAGAUGUACAUGAAUUUGUCAAAAAAUGUAACAUUUGUCAACAAAAUAAAUAUGAAACCACUGCUUAUCCAGGGUUAUUACAGCCAUUACCAAUCCCUGGACAUGUAUGGCAGCACAUUUCCAUGGAUUUUAUUGAAGGUUUGCCUCUAUCUCAGGGAAAACAAUGCAUUUUUGUGGUGGUCGAUCGGUUGAGUAAAGCUGCUCACUUCAUGACUCUUACUCAUCCAUAUACUGCUUGCACUGUAGCUCAAGCUUUCAUGGAUACAGUUUUCAGAUUACAUGGAUUUCCCGAGUCAAUUGUCAGUGAUAGGGAUCCUAUCUUUCUCAAUAAAUUUUGGCAAGAGUUAAUGGCUUGUCAAGGGAUUCAAUUAAAGCUUUCAAGUGCUUACCAUCCACAAACAGAUGGACAAAUAGAAGUUGUCAACAGAUGUUUGGAAACUUAUCUGAGGUGUAUGUGUUCAAAUACUCCACAGCUCUGGCCUAACUGGAUAUCAUUGGCUGAAUGGUGGCAUAACACCACUUUUCAUACAGCAAUCAAUGCUACACCCUACGAAAUUGUCUAUGGACAACCACCUCCUGCUUCAUUACCCUAUUUGCCAGGAGAAUCUAAUGUGGAACUGCUGGACAGAAGUCUUACUAAGAGGGAGGAAAUGUUGAAGGUUUUAAAAUUUCAUUUGAAAAGAGCUCAAAAUAGAAUGCAACAGAUGGCCAAUAAACAUAGGAUUGAUAGACAAUUCCAGGUGGGAGAUUUAGUCUAUUUGAAGCUGCAUUCUUAUAAACAAAUAUCUGUUACCAACAGGACAAAUGAGAAGCUACCUCCUAAAUUCUUUGGUCCAUUUCCAGUACUUGAAAAGGUGGGACCAGUAGCUUACAAACUACAGCUUCCAAACACAUCACAGAUUCAUAAUGUAUUUCAUGUAUCUCAGUUGAAGAAACAUAUUGGGGAUGCUGUCAUUUCAACAGUGUUGCCAAGCCAUAUUACUGAUGCAACCAAUGCAAGGGAGCCUGAGGCAAUUCUGGACAGAACUUUCGUCAAGAAAAGGGGACAAGCAGUGACAAAAGUUUUAGUAAAAUGGAAGAAACAGUGUGUUGAGGAUGCUACUUGGGAACUCUAUUAUGAUUUACUUAGAAAAUUUCCUCAAUUUUUCAAUUCAUGAGGACAAGAAUUAUUUUAAGGGAGGGAAAUUAUUUUAGAGUUAGUUGACUUACAAUAUUAGGUGGAAAUUAGUUUGUUAACUGGUUGAACAGGUUAUAACAGAAUUUGUAAAACUAACUCUUUAAAUAGUUAGUUGGUGUUGAAAACAGGAGUUAUGAAUCAUUCUGUAAUUUUCCUCUUACACUCUCAAUGCAAUAAGACUCAAAGUUCUUUCUUUCAAUUAGAAUUUCCUGGGUUCUUGAGGUCUUCGAACUCCUUCAAGUUCCUGGAUUCUCUGUACUAUCUGUUUCUAUAGCUUUCAUAUCAUAUUCAGAACCGAUGGGAGCAUAAAUCAUUAAAUUGCCCAUAUUAAUUAUUGCUAGGCAUGUGUUAAUGUUAGUGAGUCACCUUUCCGGAUCCCAUAUUCUUUCAUGUCAUGAAGUGGUGCAAUGGUUGCUAAAGUUUUCUGCUAUAUACACGAGUCUGAAAUUAUAGAUAGCUAAUCACCUUUAUGCUAAUUUUCGCAGUAUGCAUGCAUGUAGUGGUGCUAAUUGUUGUUUUGAUUCCAAUUAUUUUCCAUGCAUUUCCAUUUUCUCCCUAUUCUGUUCAUCUAUAGUAUCUGUAAUCCCAAUCCAUAUCUUAAUUUAUAAUAUUUAGUGGAAAAAGGCUAAGUUGUAGCAUCAACUGCGCACAAAAAUGCUGGUGUGUUUAUGUUACAUGUCAAUGAUUCCAUGAUAGCAUGUUCUCAAACUUAAUUGAGUUUGAGUAAUUACACUAGUAUAUUUGCUGCUGUUAGUACUUGUAUCCAGAAAUUGAGAUUUUAUUCACAUUUGAAUGGUGUAUGGUGCAUCUGUCUUUUAACUUACCUAUAAGAACAGUUUCAUGUUAAUAAACAAUUCAAUUCAAUUCCUUUCGUUAGAUUAAAAAUAAAAUAGACAAAGGAAUCAUGAACAAAAAAGAUAAAAAAGAGUAACGUGUUCACAUAAAAUGGGUGAAUAUAUUUCUCCUUUCAUUAUGUUUUGUGUUUCUUAGUCUUUACUUAUUUGUUAAACUGC